AUGGAGACACAGGUCGAACAAGCUAUCGAGCUUGCCUUUGACCCUAGCACCGACCAAAACACCAAGAUACAGGCAUAUGACUUCCUCACUCGCCUACGCGAGGACGCCAAUGCCUGGCAGAUAUGCCUAGUGCUGUUCACGCGCCAUCCCACGCCGUCCGAAGUUGUGCGACUGGUGUGCCUGGAAAUCGUCAACAAUGCCGUACAGACACAGCKACUGGACCAGUCCGCCCUGAACGACGUACGCCAUCGGCUCAUGGACUAUGUGCGGCGGCGGUAUGGGGCCGGAACGGAGGAAGUGGACACACCCACUAUACAAAACAAACUCACCCAGACCAUCACAUACCUUUUCACGUCCCUAUACGCGGCCGACUGGCCCGACUUCUUCGACGAGUUUAUUGCAUUGGCCGGCUCUCACGCUGCUGCCAGUCCAGCACACACGGCUGCCACAAUCAUGCUUCUGCGCAUCCUAAGCUCCAUCCAUGAUGAGAUUGCCGAUGUCAUGAUCCCACGCACCGCAGAUGAGCAACGUCGCAGCACUGAACUGAAGGAUCUGGUUAGGACAAGACAUGUGAACAAGAUCUCCGAGGUAUGGCAGGGAAUCUUGUCGAAUUGGACGCAGCUGGACCUGAGCCUGGUCGAGAUGUGCCUAAGGACUGUCGCAAAGUGGGUCAGCUGGAUUGAUAUAUGGCUGGUGAUAAAUGAGAGAAUUCAAACGGCCCUACUCGAUAUUGCGGGCCAGCAAGGAACACUCAACUCUGAGAGUAAAGAGGCCAAGGCAAGGGACGCAGCCAUCGACACUUUCACAGAGACUGUGGGGAAGAAGAUGGCCCCCAAUGACAAGGUCGAGCUCAUCAACUAUCUCAACCUUCCCACCAUCAUUGGCCAACUCGUAGCGAGCCCAGCGCUCGCAGAACUACGAAGUACGCCAGAUUACGACACCGACUUGGCUKAGACGGUCGCGAAACUUGUAAACAAUGCAGUUUUCGACGUUGUCAAGGUCCUCGACAGUGAUACCAUUGACGAUCAGACUCGAGCGAGGGCGGAUCAGCUGCUCCAGUCCUUCGUGCCGCACUUGCUUCGUUUCUUCUCAGACGAAUACGAUGAAAUCUGCUCUGCAGUGAUCCCAUCCUUGACGGAUCUUCUCACCAUGUUCCGAAAGUUGAAAAAGUCAAAAGGCAACUUGCCCAGUCACUAUUCCAGCAUGCUUCAACCGAUCCUGAACGCCAUCAUCGCCAAAAUGAAAUACGAUGAGACAGCAUCAUGGGGUGAUGAAGAUGAUCAGACCGACGAGGCCGAGUUUCAGGAGUUGCGUAAGCGCCUCCACGUGCUACAGCAGACUGUGGCGGCGAUAGAUGAAGUGCUUUACACUGAGACCCUGAGCCAGGCAGUAGCCAGCACGUUAGGACGAUUAGGGUCAGCAGAUCGGCCGAACUGGCGCGACCUUGAUCUCGCCCUGCUGGAGAUGCAUCACUUUGGUGAGCUCGCAACGAAGAAUGGUGGCCUUUACAACAAGACCAAGCCUACUUCAGAGGCCGCUUCUCGUCUGGUGGAGAUGAUGUCGACCCUCGUCGGUUCUGACCUUGCUUCGUACCCGCAUCCGGCUGUUCAGCUCCAGUACAUGGAGAUCUGUGUACGAUAUGUGCAGUACUUCGAGCAGAAUACGGCCUCGAUUCCCAGGGUCAUGGAAAACUUUGUUUCCUUUGUUCACAGUGAUCACAACAAGAUACGCUUGCGAUCAUGGUACCUCUYCCAAAGGUUUGUUCGACACCUGCGGGCACAACUUGGUGAAUAUGCUCAGACUGUCGUGCACGCCAUUUCCGACCUUUUGAACAUCAAGGCGGAAGUGCCUGCCGAUAGAGACGAUGACGACGUCUCGUCAGAAGACAACACGCAAUCUUCUGAUGCGACCUUUCAAAAUCAACUAUAUCUCUUUGAGGCUAUCGGUCUCGUGUCCUCGACCCAAAGCGUUCCAACAGCGACGAAAGUUGCCAUAGCAAAGUCGGUAACAGGGCCUUUGGCGGCAGACCUCGCCAACCACUUGCAAGCUGCGGUCCAGGGUGAUGAGCGAUCGGUUCUACAGUCACAUCACGUUGUAAUGGCACUGGGAUCUCUGGCUUACGGUUUCUCUGAUUGGACUCCGGGUGUCACAAGCGGAGCACCUCCUCCAACUGAGGUGUCGCAGGAGUUCGUCACUGCGAGCGAUAGUGUGCUCAUAGCAUUGGAAAACCUCAAGCGCCACUCCGACAUUCGUGCCGCAGCUCGCAGCGCUUUUUCGCGAUUCCUCGGCGUGCUCGCUUCACAUGUGUUACCACAACUGCCACGCUGGAUCGACGGACUUUUGUCGUCGGCUUCGUCAAACGACGAGAUGGCAAUGUUCCUCCGCACACUAGGGCAAGUCGUGUACGGAUACAAAGCUGAGAUAUCCGGUAUUCUCGACCAGCUGCUCUCGCCACUCUUCUCACGCGUGUUCACUGGCUUGUCUCAACCGGCCGCCGGCACAGAUGACGAGAUCCAGCUCAGGGAACUCAAGCGCGAAUACCUGAACUUCGUCUUGGUUAUCCUGAACAAUGAACUUGGCGCCGUUCUUGUGAGUGCGUCGAACCAAGGCAUCUUUGACACCUUCAUCGCAUCGGUGACACGCUUCUCCUGCGAUCCAGCUGAUCCACAAAGCGCACGAUUGGCCUUCUCAGUUGUGACAAAGAUGACUGUCAUCUGGGGUGGUCCCGAUAUUGCACUAGGUGCGGACACUAUUCCCCAGCCGACCCUGCCUGGCUUUGAUGGAUUCAUCCUCUCCCAAUUUGCCCCUCUUCCGUGGACACUAGUUUCUACCGACAAGGUCAGUGCGGGCGAUGCGCAAAUGCGCAGCGUUCUGCAGGAAGCUGCCAGUUUACAGUGGACCAUCCUGCGAAAGAAUGGUGCCGGUUAUCAGAAUCAACUGCAAGCAGAACUACGAACCCUUGGGGUGGGCGAUGAGGGCAUUCAAUCCUACUGCCAGAGCAUCGCCGGUGACAUAUUUGCUUUCCGGAAGUUCUUCGUGUCGUUUCUACAGCAGGCGAAGCGGUAG